CAAUUUAGCAGAAAUAGGAAGUUCGAAGAUUCUUCCUGAUAUUUUAUAAAUAAAAACAAAUCAAAGCUGCAAGUUUUCUGUUCUUUGAUUGCUAUUGAUUAUUUCUUUAUUUUAUAAAUUAUAAGAUGAUUGUCAUGCAAUUCCGUUUAAUAUCGAAACGAUUUCCUAAAUUUUUUUAUAAAUUACAUGCCAAUUCUCGGUGCCAAUGUUCGUACUUGUAUCGACACAUUUUUCAAAUAAAUUCCCGUUGUCUGCCGGUCUUGUUUGUCAAUCCAACAAAUACUUUGGCUCGUUUACAUUCACAAAUAGCAAAUAAAGAGGAACCAUCUAAAGAUAAUCAGAAUUCUUUAGAAGCUCCAUCUGUUGUUUUCAAAGAUGUCAGUUUUGAUCAACCUGUAUCCCAUGAAGCAUUGAUUUCUGCUCUUAAAAAAUAUAAUACGAUUGCUGAUCAAAUGAGUUGCUUAGUAGAUAUUUUUUCCCUUACUCCUGAAGACAUCCAACGACGAGAGGAAUUUUGUAAAACAGUCGAGCUAUUAUUUAAACCCUUUUUCAAUGAUUUUAAGAUUCAAAUGUUUGGUUCGACUGUUAAUUCUUUUGGUUUCAAAGGGUGUGAUUUAGAUCUGACUUUUGAAACAAAUGUCCAUUAUAAAGACAAGAGUUGUUAUUUAGAAAGACCAGAUCCUCCUUUAGUAUCAGAAGUUCUGAGUGGUAAAGUUUCAGUCCAAGAACUUUCUGAAUUACCACUGAGGGAACAACUAUUAUUUAUUCAUUCAGUUCUCUUAGAAUUUUACAAAGACUCUGAAGUUCCUGCAAAGUUUAUUAAUGCUCAUGUACCUCUUGUUAGGUUUUAUCAUGACAAAUACAACCUUAAAUGUGACCUCACUAUGAAAAAUAAAGUUGCUUUUGCAAAUACCAAACUCCUAUAUCUUUAUGCAAAGCUAGAUGAACGUGUAACUCCUCUUAUGAUGACUCUACGAUACUGGGCAAAACAUGUAGAAUUAAUUGGUAAAGGAUUGAUGUUUAACACUUACACUAUCUCUCUACUGGUUAUCUAUUUCUUACAAACUCGGAACCCGCCUAUACUUCCAAGUGCUGAGUUUAUUUUAUCCUUAUCAGAUAAGUUUGAUACAGAUGAUAUGAAAGACAGAAGUUUUCUAGAUUUGAUAGACAGCAUACCUCCUACCAAAAAUCAACAAAGCAUUGAUGACUUGUUAAAAGAGUUCUUUUUCUUUUACCUGUACUUUGAUUUUACUCGAGUUAUUUGCCCAAUGACGGCAACUGCUGUUCCCAGAGAUGACUUCUUUUCUAAAGAAGAAAACAAGCGUUUUCGUAUGAAUUCAAUAUGUAUUCAGGACCCACUGUGUCUUUCUCACAAUGUUGCAGAACUGGUUGAUUACAAACAUUGCAAAAAAUUUUUCACAGAGUUAAUUCAAGUCGGUAAACUAUUUCAAAAUUAUAAUGACUCUAUUUCAAAUCCACUUGACUUAAUUACAAUUUUAGAUAAACCAAAAGAAUAUUCAAUUCACAAAAUUAGCAAUGAAAAGACUGUCUCUUUUGAUCUACCUUUAGUUUCCAAUACUGACAUUAAACCGACUGAUGAAAAUGUUUUGUCAACUGCUCAAGAUAUACUCAAUAUUUUACAAAAAGUGCUACUAUUUGAUUGUCGCGUUCUUAGAAUGGAAGAAAUUAUCAGUUUAUUGAACAUGCAGGAUGCACUAGUUGCUCAGCAAAGAAGAGAAUGGUUAGAUAAGAUCCAGCUCAGAAUUUCCCGUGAUGAAGCUAUGCCACACUUAAAAAAUCGUCGGAAAAAAAAUACAUCUGAUACAAAAGAAGACAAUGUUUCUAAUAAAGAUUCCUUAUUGGACCAAUUUCAGAAAUUUAACUGUGACCAUAAAUUAGUUUUAUGUGCUGAAUGUAUAGUGUCAAAAAAUACCUGGCUUGGUCGAGGUCAUAUACACAUUGCUUCCUUACCAUCGAGUGAUCCAUUAGUUCAAGAAAAAUUAAUUUCAGAGAUUGUUGCAAAGCAAAAUGCUUUAAAUCUUACUGAACAAAAAAUCAAACCAUUUUUGUUUUUGUAUGAAUCUUAUAUUAGUCAUUUGAAUCCAGAUAAACUUAUGGUUAAUUUUAGACCCCUUCAAAGGAUGUCUUUUAAUCCUAUACUUGGAAUUUUCUUAAAAGAAUAUAUUAAUGUCUUGUUGAAAAAAUUGUCCUGAUUAGUUUUGUUCUUGUUUUCCAGUUUUAUUUAUGUAAAUAGAUAAUAAAUUUAAUUUUAUGGA